AUGGUCUAUUACCCCAGCGAAUACCGUGAGGUGCCAACUGUGGACCUGCUUUCCUGGAUCUUCAAGAACAACGAUCUAGAUCCUGAAAAAGACCUGAGACAAAGCCAGAUCGUCUAUCCCAUACUAUACUAUGGCAUAAUCGGUGCAGGUGGAGUGUUUGUAGGAUCGAAUCCUGCUUACAAAACUUUGGAGCUGAAUCACUUGGUAUCGAUUACAGAGCCCAAGUUUCUCAUUGUUGAAGCUGGUCUUCUGGCGUACGCAUUGCCUGCGACAGAGGUCUCGAUACCUGCCACACGGACACUCGUCUUCAACACCAAGACUGGAGAAGGCAGUCCAGACAACUUUAAGUGCUGGAGUAGCUUGCUUCAACAUGGUGAGCAUGACUGGAUCCGGAUCAACGAGACGGAUGCAGCCAAAUCGGCAAUCGCCGUACUUCAGUCAACGAGUGGUACCACCGGCUUGCCAAAGUUCGCAGCUACUUCACAUUAUGCUCUUGUUGCCGCAGGGGUUGGCAUGCGGUGUUCGAAUCAGACGCCGUACGCGGUCUCAAGAUUGAUUUCCCUACCUUUGUUCCAUUCUUUCGGCGCUUCAUUCGUACAAAGCUCUGCCUUCCGUCAUGGCGAGCCGACGUAUGUCAUGCGCAGAUUCAGCGCUGAAGAGUUCGUAAGUAUACUGGACCGAUUCAACAUCACGGAAAUUGCUGUCGUGCCCACUAUGAUCAAAGGUAUCGUCAACCAGCGGACCUCGCCACUCUUACUGAAGAGUCUGCGCCGAGUAUGGUGUGCUGGGGCAUCUUUGUCUCCAAAAGUGAGCAAUGCCGUAUAUAAUCUUUUGCAUGAAGAUGCUGUCAUCUUUCAAGUUUGGGGCAUGACUGAGUUUGGUCGCAUCACAUCUUCUGACUGGGGCGAGAAGGAUGAUGACGGUAGCGUAGGCAGGUUGUUGCCGAAUACGGAAGCAAGAGUGGUGGACGGACACGGAGUCGAAGUCCUUGACGAGGGUUACCAUGGUGAAGUUCAGGUUCGAGGACCUUCGGUAAUGAAUGGCUACUCAAGUUGCCCGACCGACACUGCCGGAGCUUUCAGUAAUGGCUGGCUCAAGACUGGUGACUUUGGGUACAUGAAGUCCGGCAAAGUCUACAUCCUGAUCAUCUCCAGNGAACUCAUCAAAGUGCGCGGAUGGCAGGUCUCGCCGAAUGAGAUCGAAGAUGUUCUCCUGAUGCAUCCUCUGAUAGUCGAUGCUGCUGUGAUUGGUUCCAGGCCAGGUGGCAGAGUCUCCGAGGACGAGCUUCCUCGCGCCUAUGUCGUGACAAAUAACAGGCGUCUUACUGGGUUAGAUGAGUUGAAGGUCAUGGAACAUGUCAAGGAUCGAUUGGCCAGCUUCAAAGCAUUGGACGGUGGCGUGGAGUUUGUCGACUCGAUCCCAAGAAACCACAACGGAAAGAUCAUGCGACAUCAAUUGCUGGAAAGAGCGAUGAUGGAUGUCCUUCCUAAUACGAUCGAGGCAAAAACCUGA